UUUCUUUACCCUGAGUGCUGUUUCUUUUGCUUUCUAUUUUUCACUUCGUUCAAUCUUGAAACUGUAAUAACUAUUCCUGUAUCAUGGUUUCUGUAAUAUGCUUUACGAUUUGGUACAUGUUGAUCAAUGGGCUUGGAAGCAGAAUAUUGAAAUGUAAAACUGAGUAAAUUAAUUACCAUGGGAUACGCUUCUCCUGCCUUGACAUUCUCUAAUUUCUUUUUCUUCUGUUAAUUAAGUAAAAGUGGUAGGAAGUUCUUAUUACCAGCAGUCAUUGGCUAAUUCCUUUUGUCUUACUGGAAAUGAUAAUGAUAAAUAAAAACUUGACAUUCCUUUGGUUAUCUGAUUGCAAUGAUCCGUACUUGUUAUAUAUGUUUCAGGAAGGGAUUCUUAACAUGGAAUUUGAUCGGCAUGGAUUAUAUUGCUAACACAUUGUAGUUUAAAGUGCAGUUAACUUAAUCCGUGAUAUCUGAAUCUCUGUUUUGGGCCUAGUUUGUGUACCUUUGAUUUGACAAAACACCCUGCAUAGCUCAGCUGUGUGAGUAUUGAUGGCUGGGAAAUAUGUGGUUUAGUAGAACUGUUGAGUUUAUUUCUAAAAUUGCCUGCAACAUAAGCUUAUAAUGAGGAAAUCAAAAUCAAUACAUUGGCUUGGAGCCUGUUUCACUGACAGAGAAAUUGAAGGAACUGUCUGAUUCUUCAUCCCUUAAUCUUUGUCCCUUGGUAUUAAACCAAAUGCAGUUGUGGUGAUUAGAUGUUUUCUGGAUAUUAUUCCAGAAUAAGAGAACUGGAUUCUAUAUGAUUUUGACUUAUAUGCUAAUUAAAAAAGUGCCCUGUUAUACCAUAUUUUGCUAGUGCAAAACUGAAUUCAUCAAGUAAAUGCUCAUGAUGAUUUUUGGGAAGUGAAUUUAGAUACCUUAUACAUGUGAGUAUAAAUUUCUGCAGAGAAUGCUUUUCCAUGUAAGUUCUUGGAAUUCGUGUUGCUACAUUAUUAGGAGCUUCAGUUUUUUCUUUUUUGGAGAGAAAAAGUGAGUUAUUAUCAUUAGCAGAUUGCUCGUGAUGGUGCUUAGAAUAUUCUGUAUUGAAAUUUAUGUCUUGAGAUUCUACUUCUUUGAAAACUGAGGUGGUGUUGUCAGUAUUUUGCUUGACUUGGUGCUUGAUAUGUGCUUUUGCUGAAAUUAUGCUAUGGCGUUUUAACAUAUUAAUUGAAAUUUAUAUUUCCCCCUCUCCAAGUUAACAUAGUUAAAAAUAUUGUUGAAGUUUACAAGUAGGACCUCUUAUAAAACUCCAUGGUCAUUAAGAUAUUUGCACUACUGAGGUAAACAGAAAUGAGUACAGAGAAAAGAGAAUUAUGGAACAGAAGCUAGUUUCUAGUGAAAGCAGGAGGUAUUAUGGAACAAAGCUGGGGAGAUGAGGUUAAUGUAGUUUGAUAUCUGAGCUCUAGAUAGGUUUGCCUUGUCACUCUUGUUCUUGAAAUUCAUCAUCUUCUUCUCCUUAAUAUGCAAACAAUGUCUUGCAUUCUUUAAGUUGUGAUAGUUGAUUUAUUUGCUGCCAACCACGUAGAAAUAGGAGAAGACUUCUUAUAUACUGGGCUACAAAUGUCAAUAUCACCAUAUUUCAUUGAUAUUUGGGGCAUGGAAAUUCUGAUCAUAGUGUUUGGAUUUAUUUGCUGCCCUAUCUUGAAGAUGGCCCAAAACAGAGGAAAUGCUUGGGCCAUUUUCUUUUGGGAUAUUUUAGUGUUAAAAGACAUCUUUGUAUUGUGGUUCUUUUCUUUCCUCCUCAUUUUUGCCCAUUUUCUCUCGUCCCUCUGAACCAGCCAUAAUCUGUCUCUCAUUUCCCUACCUGCAAAUCACCCUUCCCCUCACCGGAUUCUGAGGAAAAAACGAAAUCCCCCUCGGUUUUGGCUAUUAGACUGAUGGUGGUGGACCGUUGUUGAAAAUAUUUCUAACUGGUGAUUCAAACUGUUGAAAUUUCAUGUCAUAGAACUUUUAGCAAUGGAGGGAUUUUAAUUGUGCGAUGUUCAAUUCACAUUCCUGUAUCCCUUUCCUCAUCUCAAGCACUGUGCAAGAAGGACCAAACCCUCGUUUAUCAGAUUGUUCGUGCAGUCUACUUUUUCUGAAGUGAGCAUGGCAAAAGGCUUGAUAUGGGCGACUGCGGAGGACAUGGCUAGGAACAGAGGCCGGGUGCUAUCACUGUACCGCCAGAUAUUGAGGAGUCUUAAUUCACCAGAUUUGCCACUCAACUUAGCAGCAAGGCUGGCAAAGAAGGCCGAGGCUCGAGCCAUUUUCUUGGUGGGUUCUGAGGAGCAAUCUCUUCACAACAUUGAAGAUCUCAUUGACACUGCUGAAUACGCACUCUCCCACUUAAAGAAAGGCGAAAUCCCCAAACAUAUCCAAUAAAUCAAUCUAGAUUAUACCGAUUCUUGUUCUGUAAACAAGAAUGUUUGCCCGGAGUAUCGGUAUCUAGUUAAGAUUUGAGCAUAAUGUAGUGGCUGUAGGAAUCUUGUCUCUUGAUUCAUAUAAUGAAUUGCAUGUCAUAUUUUUAGCAAAGGUAUGUUUUUGGGAAGGGUAAAAUGCAGACAUCCCCUAACGGGUCCAUUUGCACUUUGCCCCCAUUUUGUUUUUUUACACUUUUUCACUCAAUAUUUUGAUUUUGUUGCACUUGGCAGAUUUUGCGGAAUAAUGAUGGAAUAUUUCGUU